AUGGACGCGCUCGAGAUGCUGAAACUGGGCGAGUUUGACUCGCAGUCAAACCACCUGCUGUUCGAGUGCGUCGAUCUGUACAUGUUCACGAAGAGCGGCCGCAGUGUGUCCGAGUGGUUCGACUCCACGACGCGCGUCUUCAAGGAUCAGGAGGCGGUGGCCGUGGCGUUCGAUGACGUCAUCAGCGCCGUGUACUGCAAGUGA